AUCUCCGCGAGGCGAACCUGUCGCGAUAACCGGUAGGCCUUUUCUGUUUCACUGCCGCACACGAGUCUUUCUCCUCUUUCUGUCCCUCCCCCCGUUUGUUGUCCGGGACUCGAGGUGUACUUUUGAGAAAGUACGAUGCAAGCCAGCCUGUGGAACUUGGUGACCACGUCGAUUAGGCCAACAUGCAUGAAGCGUGUUCUACCGGGCUUGACGGCCACCCAGCAGCGCAGGUACGCCAGCACGUUGGAUGCGGACAUCGUGGUGAUCGGGUCUGGCCCCGGUGGAUACGUGGCGGCGAUUAAGGCCGCGCAAUUGGGCAUGAAGACCGUGUGCGUGGAGAAGGGCCCGACUCUGGGUGGCACGUGCCUCAACGUUGGAUGCAUUCCGUCCAAGUCACUUCUAAACAAUUCACAUUAUUAUCACAUGGCGCACAGCGGGGAUUUAGCGAACCGUGGAGUUGUCGUAUCAAAUGUUCAAUUGGACCUCAACAAGCUUAUGGAACAGAAAUUGAACGUGGUCAAAGCUUUAACCGGCGGUAUAGCGGGCUUGUUUAAGAAGAACAAAGUCGAGUGGGUCAAGGGUCAUGGAAAGAUCACAGGCAAGAACCAGGUCACUGCCCUGAAGCCCGACGGAUCGGUGGAGUCGACUAUCAACACGAAGAACAUUCUGAUAGCGACCGGCAGCGAAGUCACGCCCUUCGGCGGCAUCGAGAUCGACGAAAAGAAGGUUGUGUCGUCGACGGGUGCGCUGUCGCUCAGCGAAGUUCCCAAGAGGCUCAUCGUCAUCGGGGCUGGGGUCAUCGGAUUGGAAUUGGGCUCCGUUUGGCAGAGACUGGGUUCCGAUGUCACGGCCGUUGAAUUCAUGCCGACGAUCGGCGGUAUGGGUAUCGACGGGGAGGUCAGUAAAACCAUGCAGAAGGUGCUCGCGAAACAAGGGCUGAAGUUCAAACUGGGAACGAAAGUCACGGCCGCCAACAAGCGUGGCAAUGAGAUCGUGGUUACCGUCGAGGACGCGAAGGACUCCAGCAAGAAGGAGGACUUGGUGUGCGACGUGUUGCUGGUGUGCGUCGGCAGGAGGCCGUACACGCAGAAUUUGGGCCUGGAGGAUAUGGGCAUCGAGAGGGACGAGAAGGGGAGGAUACCCGUGAACAAUCGAUUCCAGACGGUAGUGCCUAGUAUUUACGCUAUUGGCGACUGCAUUCACGGACCAAUGCUGGCUCACAAGGCCGAAGAUGAGGGCAUAAUCACAGUGGAGGGUAUCACCGGAGGCGCGGUUCACAUCGACUACAACUGCGUGCCGAGCGUGAUAUACACGCAUCCAGAAGUGGGUUGGGUCGGCAAGACGGAGGAGGAUCUGAAGAAGGAGGGCAUCGACUACAAAGUCGGCAAGUUCCCGUUCAUGGCGAACUCCCGGGCGAAGACGAAUCUCGAGACGGACGGCUUCGCCAAGGUGCUCGCCGACAGCAACACGGACAAGAUCCUGGGUGUGCACAUGAUCGGGCCGGCCGCGGGGGAGCUCAUCAACGAGGCGGUUCUCGCGAUGGAGUACGGCGCCAGCGCGGAAGACGUUGCCCGCGUGUGCCACGCACAUCCGACAUGCGCCGAGGCGCUCAGAGAGGCCCAUCUGGCAGCGUACUUCGGCAAACCCAUCAACUUCUAAGAUCCUAGAUGGAGAAUAAGCAAAAUCAUUACACUUGUUUAGUCCACACCUUGAUUGCGUUUAGCAUCAAACGUGCCCGUCCCCCUUUUAAAUCCUCACCGAGAUAACACAUUUCGCGGACAGACACGUUUAAGCUAGACGCGUAUGAUUUUGAUGAUGACGCGGCCCCUUCUGACUUCACAUCGUAGCGUGGAUCUAGUCUACGUAUCAACGUCGUACGUUUCGCGCGAGACCGUAGCGCGUCGUAUGUACAAGGGAUUACGAUUGUAAAUAAAAGCUGAAAGCCAUUACGCGGAGGAUCAAGUUUAUCUCUGCCAGGUGAUUAUUGUAUUUAUAUUUACGAAUAAACGAAAGAAAUGCGGCAUUAUAA